AAAAUAACUACCUUCAAAGUUCUUCAAUAAAUUGUCUUAAUAAGUAGAAGAUGGCAUUUGGUCAAAGAGUGUUCCUCUUAAGUAUUGUUGCUUUGAAGACUUUAGGACUGGUAAUUGAAAAUGCAUUCACUACACCAAUUAUUGAACACAAGAAUUUUUUUACCCUUCCUGAUAUUUGGCAGUAUGCUGUUGAUGUCAACAAAUAUGGUCUUGAUUUAACUGGUAUAACGACAAUGACAAUUGAGGUGAAGGCGUGUCAAGAUGCUUCAAUUAUUAUGUCAAAUUCAGACGAUGGAGAUCCCAAAAAGCCCAUGUAUCAUUUUGUAAUCGGUGGCUGGAACAAUAAUCAAUCAGGAAUUCAAAGACGAGAAGACGAUACACUUUUACCGGUGGACAGCCGGCAAAACCACCAAUUUCUCACUCCUGAAGUUUGUAAUUGUAGUGAAUACCGACCAUUUUGGAUCAGUGCCAUAAAAGGAGAUCUAAGGAUAGGAAUAGGACUUAUCGUUGGUAUAAAUGAUAUUGCGGAGUGGACUGACCCACAUCCGUUUACAAUAAGAGGCAUAGGAAUAUACACAAAUAUUAAACAUAUAGGAGAUUGGAAGUUUUGA